AUGUCUCUCUCCAACAAGCUUUCCAUCACCGACGUCGAUCUCAAGGACAAGCGUGUGCUCGUCCGAGUCGACUUCAAUGUCCCCCUCGAUGCUGACAAGAACAUCACCAACAACCAGCGCAUCGUCGGCGCGCUGCCCACCAUCAAAUAUGCCAUUGAGCAUGGCGCCAAAUCCGUCAUCCUCAUGUCCCACCUCGGACGACCGGACGGAAAGGUGAACCCGAAGUACAGUCUCAAGCCGGUUGUUGCCGAGCUCGAGAAGCUGCUUGGCAAGAAGGUCAUCUUUACCGAGGACUCCGUGGGCAAGCAGGUCGAGGACACUGUCAAUGGAGCCAGCGGUGGCCAGGUCAUCCUCUUGGAGAACUUGCGAUUCCACGCCGAGGAGGAGGGCAGCUCAAAGGAUGCUGAGGGCAAGAAGGUCAAGGCCGACAAGGCUAAGGUUGAUGAGUUCAGGAAGGGACUCACUGCUCUUGGAGACAUCUACAUCAAUGAUGCUUUCGGUACCGCCCACCGUGCUCACAGCUCCAUGGUCGGUGUAGACCUCCCCCAGAAGGCCUCCGGCUUCCUCGUCAAGAAGGAGCUUGAGUACUUUGCCAAAGCCCUCGAGAACCCCAAGCGACCUUUCCUCGCCAUCCUCGGUGGUGCCAAAGUCUCCGACAAGAUCCAGCUCAUCGACAACUUGCUCGGCAAGGUCAACAGCUUGAUCAUCUGCGGUGGCAUGGCUUUCACAUUCAAGAAGACUCUCGAGAACGUGCCAAUCGGCGACAGCUUGUUCGACGAGGCCGGCAGCAAGACCGUCAAGGACCUCGUUGAGAAGGCAAAGAAGAACAACGUCAAGAUUGUGUUGCCCGUUGACUACAUCACCGCAGACAAGUUCGACAAGAACGCUCAGGUCGGUUACGCCGAGGACAAGGACGGCAUCCCAGAUGGCUGGAUGGGUCUUGACUGUGGUGAGAAGUCGAUCAAGCUCUACAAGGAUGCCAUCGAUGAGGCCCAGACCAUCCUCUGGAACGGACCUGCCGGUGUCUUCGAGUUUGACAACUUCGCCAAGGGUACAAAGGCCACCCUCGAUAACGCCGUAGCUGCUGCACAGUCCGGCAAGAUCGUCAUCAUCGGUGGUGGUGACACUGCAACCGUCGCCGCCAAGUACGGCGUUGAGGACAAGCUCAGCCACGUCUCCACCGGCGGUGGUGCAUCGCUGGAGUUGCUCGAGGGCAAGGACCUUCCCGGCGUGUCUGCUCUGUCAAGUAAGUAG